GAAGAUCACGUUCUAUAGAAAUACGUCACUUCCGUAAACAAGCCAACUGAAAUGUGUUCGUGUUCUGUUUGGUUAAAAGAAUUUUUGCCACGUUUUUCCGCUUCUUAACGAUGGCUCACCCUGAUUCCACAAACUCCAGUUCCACUAAAGAGUCCUGUGCAGAUGAAAAUACAGAAGCGUUGGGAAAUGAACCUAACGAUAAAAGUCCCAAGUGUGUGAGCAAUGAUCGUAGCAGUCCAGACAUACGCUUAAGAGACCGAGUGUUAAAGGAGGUAGGACUCACCAGCUCAGCCUUCAUUGGUCCAGCAUUCCCUCCAGAAUCAUCCACCACUAAAUCUGACAUAGAAGAGUCACUGAGUGAUUUUUAUAAAGAACUGGAGAAUAUUGAUACACCAGAUGGUCCAAACGAAGAUGUUCUUGAUUCACCUACCAGCAAAAAUACUCAAGGUGAACCUGAGGGGAAAACUACAACCACAUGGACUUCUGUAGAAACAAACAGCUUUCAGAACAAAAGUGGAAAGGCAAAGUUCUCCUGGCCUCACUGGUAUCAGGAUGCACCAUACCACCUUAAAAGUCCAAUGUCGAACCCCGAUUCCAACCACUGGCCCCAUCGUCCACCACCAAACAGACCAGCAUUCCUCAGAUUUCACAGACCACCAUUUCCUCACCAACCACCUCAACCUGCCUACCAAAAUCCACAAAAUUAUCCACCACAUAUCAGUGUUGCCUCCAGCAGUUUAAGAACAACUCACCAGUAUUCUGAUGAGUUUUUUCUUCCAGCAUUUCCACCUUCAGAUUUAUGCAAUCAUGGGAAUUCUACUCACCCCUCCCGUAGGAAUGAUCUGGGUCACUAUAACAUGGACUCAGAUUAUGCAGAGUGGUCUCAGGAUAGAAGAGAGGAAUGGUCUCAGUGUGGUGAAAAUUAUAACCAACCUCAGAGAUUCAUAUCUGAACAGAGGGCACCACAGCAUCCCUUCCAACCGUAUGAUAACACACACAACCAUCAUUCAGCUUCGGUGCUGAUUUUAAUGAGAGGAUUACCUGGAUCUGGAAAAACUACACGGGCCAGGGAGCUGCUCCCCAUUGGUCCUUGUGGGGUUAUCCUGAGUACAGAUGAUUACUUUGCCCAAAAGUAUGGGUACCAGUAUGACCCGGGCCUUCUUGGGGUGGCACAUGAAUGGAACCAAAGCAGAGCUAACAACGCCCUGAAUGAUGGCCGGUCUCCUGUUAUUAUUGACAACACAAACCUCCAAGCCUGGGAAAUGAAGCCAUAUGUCAAAAUGGCCUUGGAGAGAGGAUACAAAGUGGACUUUUGUGAACCAGAAACCAGCUGGAAGUUUGAUCCUCUUGAGUUGGAAAAGCGGAACAAACAUGGUGUUCCUCAGGAAAAGAUCAAACAGAUGAUGGAUCGUUUUUCCUCGCCCGUAUCCAUUGACAUCAUCAUGAGUUCAGAGGAGCCAGCUCACGUCAACCAGAGACGUUGGUCAGAGCAGCAGCAGAACAGGAAAAAGCCACGUUUUUAUUAGUUUAAUGCAGGACCACCAGCACUGGUGUACACACACCACUCUUGUGUUCUGUAAAUGUAUUUUUUUGAAGAAGUCUCUUUUUUUAUGCUUUCUAAAGAUCCAAACAUUGUUUACAUUUAAUAUGAGAAGACUGAUGUUCAAAUCUUUUGACUUGUAAAAUAUGAAACUAAAGGUAAAAUAAAGAGGCUGUGUGUUAAUUACCAACCUA